UAGUUUGAGACGCAAUUAAUGGAAUAUGUAAAUCGUAUGCAAAUGUCAAUUAAGUUCAAAGUACAAUCGAAACGAAACAUGAGAAUAUAAUUUUCCGGGAAUUUGCCUCCUUCCUUGAUCCGAAAUUUCUUAUGAUUAUUAACCGUGUGAUUUAUUCAGAAUCGAAAUGGUAAUGCCUAAAAGUAACGACUGUGAUGAGUGUGAACUGCGACUAUUGAGAGAGUUUCAAUCAAGAGUUGCCGACUUGGAACAAGACGAAGAUACAUGCCUCCGAUUUCUGACAGCUCGGGAAUUUAAAAUACAUUUAGCAGAAGAAAUGAUGAGAAACUCUGUAGAAUGGAGAAAAACAAUUGGAAUUGACAACUAUUUGAAUUGGGUGGUUUCUGAAGCAAAAGAAGAAGAUCAUAUUUUUAAAAUUACAGGUGUUAAUCACAAUGGUGGACCAGUCCUGUGGGUUCCACUUGGUACAUGGCUGGCACGAUAUUGGGUUGAGAGAGGAAAACAAGAAGAAACGACGCUUUAUGGUUAUCGAAUUCUCGAGACAGCCUUCAGAGAGAUGAAGUCGAGGAACAACAAGAAAAUCGUCGCAAUUUUGGGCAUCGAGACCCUCACAUACUACAAAGUUUCCCAUGUUCCAACUUUGAAGGUUUUGUACGCUGCCUUUCAAUCUUUGGAGCAAAAUUACCCAGAGAUUUUACAGUCGCUUAUUAUUGUUAAUGCUCCCUGGAUGUUUUCCAUCGCAUUUAGUUUCAUCAAACCCAUCCUAUCUCCCAAAACGCUGGGUAAAAUACAAGUGUUCAACUCUGAGAGAGAAAAGUGGCUUCCUGCUCUGCGACAGCUCAUGCCAGAUUCUGCAAUACCUUCGGAUUACUUAAAAAGUGCUUAAUAAAAUCUGCCUUCAGCGAAUGAUACGAUAUUCGUUGUCGACUCAGGAUGGUCACAAAAGUUUCGAACUUGCUAAGUUAAAUUUCUCACAUUUGUAUUCAACUUGAACAUGAACUUCAAUAAAUUCAUAAGUAAAGCUGUAAGA